CCAUUUUGUUUUUCUGAAGGAAGGGUUUAUACAGUUCCCUUCUAUUCAUUUCCUCUCUAAAUCGUAAAUUUACUCAAAGAAACUGUUGUAGAUUUGUUAGCAGAUACUUAAAUUUGGUUGAACGAAUGAAGAACACUCUUAUUUCUUCCAAAAAAAAAAAAAAUGCUACAGAAUGGAGUGGAUGAACCCUUGACAGAGCAAGAUCUCCAAGCCAUCGAUGCCGCCUUCCAGUCCGCCACUUCCUCUUUUCGCAAAAAGAAACAACGGCGCACCCCUGACGCCGUAAUAUCUGAUCCCCCCAUGGCUGCUCGCCGAUUGCCCAGAUCCCUUCGCGCCCUCCAACACCCAAAUCCACUUCUAUCGUCUUGUCAAGCGGUGAAUGAGAGGACGAGAUACCCAGCGUUGAAGUUUGGGGGUCGCAUUGUGUACAGCAGGACCGCCACGGAGGUAGAGAAAGCUGCAGAGGAGCUUUUGAAGAACCUCGAAGCACAGAAAAGAGAGUCGGGUCAAGUCGUACUUGGACUCGACAUUGAGUGGCGACCCAGUUUCCGAAGAGGUGUUUCGCCUGGGAAGGCUGCAAUUAUGCAGAUAUGUGUGGGCACUAGUCAUUGCCACGUGAUGCAUAUUUUUCAUUCUGGAAUUACUCAAAGUUUGCAGUUUCUUCUCGAGGAUCCUAUUAUUUUGAAGGUUGGACUCGGCAUUGCUAGUGAUGCUGCCAAGGUUUUUAAAGACCAUAAUGUAUUCAUAAAAGGUGUGGAAGAUCUUUCCUAUCUCGCUAACCUAAAGCUUGGACCCAAGAAAUGGGGUCUUGCAUCCCUAACUGAGAUGCUUUUAUCCAAAGAGCUUGAAAAGCGCAGCAAAAUUCGGCUAGGAAACUGGGAGACUAAUUUUCUGUCCAAGGAGCAAUUAGAGUAUGCUGCCACUGAUGCUUUUGCUUCUUGGCAUCUGUAUCAGGUCUUAAAAGGCCUCUCCAAUAGAGAAGAAGAAGUUGCUCACGACAAAGGAAUCAAGGAUUUGGAAGGUGUGACUCCAUCAUAAUAUAAUGUUCAACAAAACAUUUUCUGAUUUUAUCAAACUCAGAAUUUUGUAUUUGAAUAGACUCAACUAUGACGCUUAUGUUCAUGUAUGUUCUUAUUUAGAAGAUUGGUAUUGAAUUGGAUGUAAGUUUCACUUAUUUUGAA